UUUUCAGCUUCAUCAUUCACAAUCGGCCACCGCCCACAUUAUUCGAUCGGCUGCAUCUCCCUACUCGGUUCAGCCACAACACAAUUUGCCCACCUCCUUCCCCAUUGAAAUUAUACUUCCUAUUUCACAUAUUUGCAGCAUGAUGGAUAGUUUUCUUCACCGUACACACCUAAUAAUUCGACCCUCCUCAUCCAUAAACACCAAGAAUAAACCCAUUCUUAAGGUUGACAGUGGGAAUCGAAGCAACACCGAUCCUUUACAGAGGUCAUACGCCUUACAAACUCAUGUAUGUUCGACAUGUCUACUCUAAAAAAUAGCAUCUCCGUAUAUGGUCUUAAAGAUGAACCCAUAUCUCCACAUCGAGAAAUGUUGUGUACACAUAUACCAAGACACAUCUCAAUACGCAGAAAAGUUGGCAAGAGUUCACUGACCCUGUUGUUUUUACUACUCCGUACCAAGGUGCAAUUAAAGCGGAAGAUGCAAAGUUCAAUCGCCAUUUAAUUCUUUGUACUGUUGAACACUUUUUACUGUAGAUGAUUUGUCUAUUCAACUUUUACAAUACAUUUUUUAUACUCCGUAUUAAUUGGGGUCUUCUUAUUUUUCUUUUUUACUUGCACUGUUUGUAGAUUGAGACUUUUCUAGGCGGGAACUGUUCAAAAUAGUGUCAAAAACCUUUUGCUUUUAUAUAAUGAUAGAUUUGAUAAUAUGUUGUUGCAUCUUGAUUAAAUAAAGUAAUUUAAUACCCUGC